AUGCCCUUAUCGGGCCCCGGAUGCUUUGUGUUGCUUCCCCAUGUCCCAGAUGUCCCUAAUGGUGGUCCGACGCUUCAUAAACUGCUGCUCGCGGCUCCUCUUCCAGCCCGUAAACCACCAGUGUUGACCACCAUGGACAUCAGUUAUUCUCCCGCCGAGUACGAAGACCCUCAGCCCGGCCGCAAUGCCCUCCCAGCGCGAGCAUGGACGGACUCGUCCAGCGCCGACCGUUUGUCGCUCAACGGCGACUGGCGGUUUCGGCUUUCACCCAUCGCACGUGUCCCUGAGGACUUUGCCCACGCCGACUAUGACGACGCCGCGGCCAAGGGAUGGAGCGACCUGCCUGUCCCGAGCCAUUGGGUUCUCAAUGGCCACGGUGCACCAAUCUACACCAACGUCCAGUAUCCGUUCCCCGUGAACCCGCCGUUUGUCCCCACAGAGAACCCGACCGGCGACCACCGCUUGUCGUUUGAGCUGCCAGCCUCAUGGAAGUUGACCGAGGGCAAGGUGCGUCGGCCGAACGCGAACAGAAAGAAGGCAAAAAAACUGACUGCCAAGACCGUUCUCCGCUUCGACGGUGUCGAGUCGUGGGCUAAGAUCUGGGUCAAUGGCGUCGAGCUCGGCACGACGUCCGGAAGUCGCCUCCCUGUCGAGUUUGACGCCACCGCCGCUCUGCAUACGGGCACGAACGUUGUGGCCGUCCGUGUCCACCAAUGGUCCGCUGCCUCGUAUGUGGAGGACCAGGACAUGUGGUGGCUUCCAGGCAUCUUCCGCGAUGUGACGCUGGCCCAUCGUCCCGUCAACUCGGUAGCGGACCACUUUGUGCACGUCGCCUACGACAGUCAAACCGGCACAGGAACCCUCAAGGUGGACUCGUCUCCGGCCGGUCGAGUCCUUGUCCCCGAGCUCGGCAUUGACGCUGCCACCGGCGAGUCUGUCACUGCCACAGUUGAGCCGUGGACGGCUGAGACCCCACGGCUGUACCACGGUGAGCUCGUGACCGACGGUGAGCGGGUCCCGUUGUCAAUCGGCUUCCGUACCGUGGCAAUCGAAGACGGUCUCGUCAAGGUGAAUGGUCAACGCAUCCUCUUCCGCGGCGUGAACCGCCACGAAUUCCACCCCGACACGGGUCGAGCUCUCACCCGCGACACCAUGCUGCAAGAUGUCCUGUUGAUGAAGAGCUACAACAUCAACGCAGUGCGCACCAGCCACUACCCACCUCACCCGUACUUUCUCGACCUAUGCGACCAGUACGGCCUGUGGGUGAUCGACGAGGGCGACAUGGAGACCCACGGCUUUGCCGACACGGGUGCCGCCGACUACUGGAGUGGCAACCCGAUUGAUUCAGACAUGUACACCGACGCACUCCUGAACCGCACCGAGCGCAUGGUCGAGCGCGACAAGAACCACCCGUCGAUCGUGAUGUGGUCACUGGGCAACGAGUCCAACCGGGGCAAGAAUAUUGGCCUCAUGACCAACUGGAUUCGGCAGCGCGACCCUUCGCGCCUCGUCCACUACGAAGGCGGAAACGAGGGCGACACGUCAGCAGAGCACACCGACGUGUUUACCCUCAUGUACACUCCGCACGACGUGGUCGAGAAGAUUGGACAGUACAAAGAAGAGCCACUGGCCGACGCUCGCCUCGAUGCGCAUCGCCGCAGCCUUCCAUUCUUCAUCGUCGAGUAUGCCCAUGCGAUGGGUAACGGCCCAGGCGGCAUGUCCGAGUACCAGCGCCUCUUUGAAAAAUAUCCCCGCCUGCAGGGAGGGUUCGUCUGGGAAUGGAUCGACCAGUGUUGCCUCAAGACGAACGCCGAUGGCCGUCCGUACUGGGCCUAUGGCGGCGACUUUGGAGAGGAAGUGCACGACAGCAACUUUGUGGCGGAUGGUCUCUUGUUCCCCGACCGUACGCCCAGCCCCGGCUUGAUCGAGUACAAGAAGGUCAUUGAGCCGGUCCAGAUCACCGGCGACGCCGCCAAGGGCGAGGUCACUAUCCACAACACGUUCAACUUUAGCGACCUGUCGUCUUUGGCCUUUACCUACAAGCUGGAGCGUCUCAACCUCGAGCAAGUCCAAAAGAUAGAGGGUACCCUCCAGGUGCCACAUGUCGCCGCUGGACAGUCGGUUGUGGUCAAGCUUCCCGACGUCAAUGUUCCCGGAAACGGCGAGGCUGUCUGGACCAUCACAGCCAGCCUUGCCGCCGAUACGCUUUGGCAAAAGGCCGGGCACGAGGUGUCGUGGGGUCAGUUUGCCGCUGCCCCAGCGGCUUCGGAGGCCCCGCAGACCAAUGGUGGCGUCUCACCAUUCGUCCCUAUCGUCAAUGAGACCCUGGGUACGGUAAGCGUUGGCCCAGCCGUCUUCAAUCUCAGUGAUGGCCAGCUUUUCCAGCUUGGUGAGCUCGCAGUAGAAGGCUUCAAGCUGGACAUUUGGCGUGCCCCGACCGACAACGACAACGGCUUCGAUUGGCCUACCAAGACCCGCCUGGCGACCUUUUGGCGCGACGCCAAGCUGUUCCUCGCCAAACACCGCCUGAUCCGGGCUUCAAUCGAUGGCGACGCGUUUGUGGUCCACACCCGAGUCGGCUUCCCGGUCUUUUCGCGCGGGUUGCUCACGACGUAUCGCUGGACUGCUGGGCCUAAUGGCAGCGUCACAGUCUCGGUUAAGGUUGUGCCCGAGGGAAACUGGGGUGACCUGGUUCUGCCCCGCCUGGGCUUCCGCACGGGACUCCCAGCGGCGCUCGACCGUGUACAGUGGCACGGCUUUGGCCCCGGCGAAGCGUACCCAGACACGCGCGCCGGCGUCCAGCUUGGGGUCUACGACCGCACCAUUGACGAGCUCCAAACGCCUUACGUCUUCCCACAGGAGAAUGGCGCCCGUAUCGAUGUUCGCGCGGCAGAGAUUACGGCUGGCUCGGGCCAUGGACUGCGGAUUGAAGGAGCGCCUGUUUUCGGCCUGACCGCGCGCCGCUGGACCUCCGAGCAGCUUGAAGCGGCACAGCACACGACCGACUUGGUGGCUGGCGACCAUGUGUGGGUCAACAUCGACUAUGCACAGAACGGUAUCGGUACGGGUUCGUGCGGUCCCCGCACCCUGCCUGGCUAUGAGCUCAAGCCCGAGGAGACCGAGUUUUCGGUCACCCUCCGCGCCAUCUAG